ACACGCGCGUCCCGCACUUGCACUCGAACGCAAAACAACGUAUUAUCAUCAUCAUCAUUAUUAUUAUUAUUAUUAUUACACGCAAAUAGAUACGCAUUGCACCGUCCGAGUAUACACGUUUAUAUUGUGUUACACGCUCGGCCCACUCGUGUGUUACAUUGUUAGCGUGCGCGUGCGUGCGUUGCACACGCGGACCACGAAAUUUUCCAUCUCGCUCUGUUUUCCCAUCACCGAGAAAUCUGUCUCUCUCUCACUAUCGUUCCGCUCUCACCUCUCGAUGCCGUUUUCACGUCGUCGGGGCUACGACGACACUAUCAAUCCGUCCGGAUUCGAGACACGCGCGCGCGACCACGACUACGCUGCAGCUAAGGCCGCCGCCACCAGCAGCACAUCGCCGCGACAGCAGGUUCUUCUACGCCGCCGUCUAGUCCGUGAUAAUACACUAUCGUGUGCACACUCGAUUUUAUAAAAUCCUGUUAACCGCAUUUUACUUAUAAAUAUAUAAAGGAGUCUCCGUUAUCGCACUCGUUCCGUAUUGUUGUGUCGAUCGGGUUUUUUUUUUUUUUUUAUUAUUCUUUUUGUUCUCCAAAUCUUCCCCGUUCGUUUUUCUUCCGCUUACCGCUCUUCCAAAGACGCUUGUGUUCGUGUAUGUAUGUGCGUGCGUGUGUGUGUGUGUGUGUGUGUGUGAGUGUACGCACCGCGCUGCUGUCGGUGAGUGCGAGGCGAGUGCGCGUGUGCAGUGUAUAAAACGGUGCUCGCGAAUCGGUUUUAUCGUACGAAAUAAAUUAAAAAUAAAACUCGCGUAGACAUAAAUUUCGUAGACGGCGCGUCAUUACUAUCAGCUGAAGGGGGAAAAAAAAAUAAAUACCAACACACACGCACACAUACCACACAUAUGUGCUCACGCGUACCGUACGUUUACGACGGCAGCAAUUUAUAAAUACAAAAUAUUAUACGUCGUUUUCCCGACACGGUACCCCGUGAACGGUUAUAGUGGAUUUUUACAAUCAUUGCAACCGUAAUAGUUUUAACUUAAUAACGACGUGUCUCGACAAUAAUGCGCAGUGUAUUAAUCGUCGGUUGAUUCGUUACACUCGUGUUUUUGUGAACCGUUUUUUUUUGUUCUACAUAAUACAUAUAUUUUACGUAACGCAUUACUACACCUGACGUUCGUACGUAUACUCGAUUUAACGCGGUGGUCGUCCACCAGACGACGACCUCAGUGUUCGUAGUUUGUACGCAAACACAUUGAUGGCUAACAAUCAGAAUCUGUCGACAAGCGCCCACAGAGCACUAGCUCACGAGUACAAAAGUCUGCAAGAAGAACCCGUCGAGGGUUUCCGGGUAAAACUCAUCGAGGACAAUCUCAGAGAAUGGGAAGUGGCUAUAUUUGGACCACCAGAAACCCUUUAUCAAGGAGGAUACUUCAAGGCAUACAUGAAGUUUCCAGCAGAUUAUCCAUAUUCUCCACCUACAAUUAGAUUUCUGACUAAAGUAUGGCAUCCUAAUGUAUACGAGAAUGGUGAUUUAUGUAUUUCAAUUCUUCAUCCACCAAUAGAUGAUCCACAAUCUGGAGAGUUACCAUGUGAAAGGUGGAAUCCUACCCAAAGUGUCAGGACAGUAUUACUCUCUGUGAUUUCUCUUCUGAAUGAACCAAAUACAUUCAGUCCUGCUAAUGUAGAUGCUUCCAUCAUGUACAGACGAUGGAAAGAUUCAAAAGGCAAAGAUAAAGAAUAUGAAAAUAUUAUCAAAAAACAAGUGGUUAGUGGUCGAUUAGAGGCUGAAAGAGAUGGUGUCGUGGUUCCACUAACAUUAGAAGAUUAUUGUAAAGUGAGUUCCACUGCUCGUUCUUCGACUUCAGCUGCUGCAAUGGACAGUGAUUUUUAUGUGGAAGACUAUGAUUUAGAUGUAGAAUCUGAUGCAAAUUCUGAAGAUGAGUAUCAGGAUGAUGCUACUGAUAGUGGCAAUGGUGAAUCAUGAAACCAAAUGACUGUUAGGCAUUUACAACAAAUUAAACAAUAUUUAAAAACCUGACUUAAUAAAUAUGAAUGAACAUUUGUCUGCAUUAGACAAAGUAACUUAAACUGAUGGGUUUAAUGCUCUGUGGUGAGUAAUGGUCUUUGCAUGUGAUCUAAAAAAUUGAAACAGUAAUUGUUGACAUUGUUCUUAUAUCUUGCAGUCUCUUAUACAUAGUAGACUUCAUAUAUAUAUAUAUUUUUUUUUCUUUCUUUCAAUUUUGAUGCGUUAACUGUGUACAUUUGAUAUAAUAAACAACUAUUAAAAAUAUAUAUUAAUAACAUCAUA